CUAGACAAAAUGUCCGAUGGGCGGCCGCACAAUGGCGUUGUUCUCGAGGCAUCAAAGCUGCCCGCACCACCAAUUCUCGCUCUUGGCAAGCCUGACAUUCGCAAGUCUGCUAUACCUCUAGUCGUCGGCACUCAAAGCGUGGAAGAGCUCGUGGUCAACGGUGGAGCAGAAUCGAUAUCUGUGAGUACCAACAGUUGGCGUCACCCUUUCGUCGUCUUGCUAGACGGCAUCCUGGACCCUGUGAAUGUGGGCAGCAUCAUGCGCACAUGCCACUUCUACGGAGCAGAUGCAGUCGCCGUUGCAACGAACACAUGUGCACCAUUGGCUUCCGGCGUCCUCGCCAAAGCUUCUUCCGGAGCAUGCGAAGCAGUACAGAUCCUGUCCCUUCCAAAGCCAUCCAACUUCGUGCACGACUCUGCAAAGGCUGGCUGGAAGAUCUACGCCGCUGUCGCACCAGAGGCAGGUGCGCCAUCCCGAGAUGCGAAACGGCAACUCACGACAGCUGCUGUAGCAGCAGCAAGUCCGCUCGCGGAUCAUCCGUGCAUUUUGAUGCUGGGAGCUGAGGGAGAAGGUCUGCGCGAGAACUUGAAGAAUCGAGCUGAUGCCUUUGUUUCGAUCGAGAGAGGUCCAAACAAUGCGCCUGAUGUCGGUGUUGACAGCAUGAAUGUCGGAGUGGCAGCGGGUGUUCUGAUGGAAGCGUUUCUUCGCAAGCCAGCAGAAGCUCCGGAGAAAAUAGAUACGACGAGCGAACUGGGCUUUUGA